AUGAAGAAGAAUGAUGAACAACAAUUCAAGCACUUUCUUGAGCUUCUAAAGCAGUUGCAUAUCAACAUUCCACUUAUAGAGGCUUUGGAGCAGAUGCCGACAUAUGUCAAAUUUUUAAAGGACAUUUUGACGAAGAAGAGAAGAGUCAGUGAGAAGGAAGUAAUAACGCUAACGCAUGAGUGUAACGCGUUAGUAAGCAACAGUCUAGCAAAGAAGCAGAAGGACCCUGGGAGCUUCACAGUUCCUUGUUCGAUAGAAGGAUUGGAUCUCACUGACAGAAAAAUUAAGUCCCCAGAAGGGAAGAUUGAAGACGUUCUAGUGAAGGUUGACAAUCUCAUAUUCCCAGCAGACUUUAUUAUCUUGGACUAUGAAGCAGAUAGGGAGGUACCAAUUAUCCCUGGACGCCCCUUCUUAGCUACUGGGAAAGUUUUAAUUGACGUGCAUAAAGGCAAAUUAAAUAUGCAUGUGGACAAUGAAGAGUUGAAGUUUAAUAUGCUGAACGCAUUAAAGUUCCCAGAUAGUGAAGAUUGUCAACUAAAUAAUAUUGAGUUGCCUAAAGAAGAGACCCAUGUAUGUGAGGUCCUCGCGUUGGAGAAGAACCUAAAAGAAUUAGAGCCGCCAAGUCUGAGUGAGCGGCGAACAAAAGCAACGCGUCCAUCACUUGAGGAACCACCAGAACUCGAGUUGAAACAGUUACCUAGACACCUGAAAUAUGCAUUCCUUGGAACUAACAACACUUUACCUAUGAUCAUUUCCGCAAAUCUUACAGAGCCUAAUGAGCAAUAUCUCUUGUAG